AUGAAAUUAUCACCACCCCCCUCCGUCGUGGCCGAGAUCCGCGAUCCAGAUGCCCGCGCACGUGUUGAGACUCUCUACCUGCCCUUCUUGAAGCAGCGAUCCCCCACACCGAAGAGCUUCAAUGUCAUCAGUGAAUUCGCUCGCAAGACUGGAGACCGUUCUGUCCUGAGUAGAACUGAUAUUGAAGUCCUUGCCCUUGCGUACGAAAUCGAGUGCGAAAAGAACGAUGGAGACUGGCGGUUAAGAAGCGUUCCAGGACAGAAGAAAAUCAAUGGAAAGCCACCUGUGAAGGAGCCAUCCGAGGAGACUAAGCCCGAGGAUGCGGAAGUGGAAGCUAUCACAGAGGGAGUGAAGGAGACCACAGUCGCAGAUGCCCAGGAAGAGUCUCCCAAGGAGGAAGAGACUGCUGCGACUCACGAGGCUGAUGAAGUCGCCGAGGUUGCUGUUGCGGUCGCUGAAGAAGAAGAGAAGGGCGAAGAUCAGGAUGCGGAGGAUGAUGCCGAUGAUGACGACGGAGAAUGGAUCACACCCUCUAACUAUAAAAAGCGUCUUGCAGAUGAUGAAUCUGGGACACCGACUCUUACUGCUGCACCUAAGACAAUGCAGGUUGCGACUAUGACCACUGAUUUCGCGUGUCAAAAUGUUCUCCUACAAAUGAACCUUAAUCUUCUGUCUACCACCACCCUCCAGAAGAUCCAGCAUCUCAGAACCUUUAUCAAGCGCUGCCACGCCUGCUUUUUGACUACAAAGGAGAUGAACAAGCAGUUCUGCCCUCGCUGUGGUAAAGAUACUCUCACUCGUGUCUCAUGCACGACCACUGCCAACGGCGCGUUCACAAUGCAUCUGAAGAAGAAUAUGCAGUGGAACAAGCGCGGCAAUGUAUACAGCGUUCCUAAACCGAUCGCAGGAAGCGCAAACGGCAAGUGGAAGGGCGGCGGUGGCCAGCGAGGAUGGGGCACCGAGCUCGUUCUUGCCGAAGAUCAGAAGGAGUAUAUUCGUGCCAACGAGGAAGAAGAACGGCGGCAGCGUCGUGAGCGUGAUCUCAUGGACCAAGAUUAUCUGCCUGGUAUCUUGACUGGCGAGCGCAACAGGGCUGGCGGUCGUACUAAGGUCGGUGCUGGCCGCAAUGUCAACUCGAAGAAGCGCUCCUAA